UCCGUUUUCCCUUCAAAACAAUGAUUUCCUCUUCUUGUCUAUAUAUUAUGCACAGUUGUGGCUCUAUAGUGCACAGCGUGUGUGUAUAUAUAAUAUAUAUAUAUAUGUGUGUGUGUGUGUGUAUAUAUUUGGCGGCACGGUGGCCGACUGGUUAGAGCGUCAGGCUCACAGUUCUGAGGACGCGGGUUCAAUCCCCGGCCCCGCCUGUGUGGCGUUUGCAUGUUCUCCCCGUGCCUGCGUGCGUUUUCUCCGGGCACUCCGCUUUCCUCCCACAUCCCAAAAACAUGCAUUCAUUGGAGACUCUAAAUUGCCCGUAGGUGUGAAUGUGAGUGCGAAUGGUUGUUUGUUUAUAUGUGCCCUGCGAUUGGCUGGCGACCAGUUCAGGGUGUACCCCGCCUCCCGCUCGAAGACGGCCGGGAUAGGCUCCAGCAUGCCCGUGACCCUAGUGAGGAGAAGCGGUAAAGAAGAUGGAUAUAUAUAUAUAUAUAUAUAUAUACACACACACACACACACAAAAUGGUACAGAAAGUAUUCGGUUUUUCACUCUUUAUUAUAUUGCAGCCAUUUGCUAAAAUCAUUUAAGUUCCUUUUUUUUCCUCAAUGUACACACAGCACCCCAUAUUAACAGAAAAAAAACAAUUGUUGAAAUUUUUGCAGAUUUAUUAAAAAAGAAAAACUGAAAUAUCACACAGCCAUAAGUAUUCCGACCCUUUGGCUCAGUAUUUAGUGGACGCCCCCUUUUGAGCUCAUGCAGCCAUGGGUCUUUUGGGAAUGAUGCAACAAGUGUUUCACACCUGGAUUUGGGGAUCCUCUACCAUUCCUCCUUGCAGAUCCUCUCCAGUUCUGUCAGGUUGGUUGGUGGUCAGCCAUUUUCAGGUCUCUCCGGAGAUGUUCAAUUGGGUUUAAGUCAGGGCUCCGGCUGGGCCAUUCAAGAACAGUCACGGAGCUGUGUUUGUCUGGUCAUUGUCUUGUCUGAAGGUGAACCUUCGGCCCAGUCUGAGGUUCUGUGCACUCUGGAGAAGGUUUUCGUCCAGGAUAUCCCUGUACUUGACCGCAUUCAUCUUCAGUCUCGCUGUCCCUGCCGCUGAAAAACACCCCCACACCAUGAUGCUGCUGCCACCACCAUGCUUCACUGUUGGGCCUCUAUUGGACAGGGGAUGAGCAGUGCCUGGUUUCCUCCACAUAUGCAAACAUAUAUAAAGUUCCAUCUCGGUGUCAUCCGACCAGAGAAUCUUAUUUCUCACCAUCAUGGAGUCCUUCAGGUGUUUUUUAAGCAAACUCCAUGCGGGCUUUCAUGUGUCUUGCACUGAGGAAAGGCUUUCGUCGGGCCUGACUGGUGGAGGGCUGCAGUGAUGGUUGACUUUCUCGCACUUUCUCCCAUCUCCGACUGCAUCUCUGGAGCUCAGCCACAGUGAUCUCGGGGCUCUUCUCCCCCAAUUGCCCAAUUUGGCCCAACGGCCAGGUCUAGGAAGGGUUCUGGUCGUCCCAAACGUCUUCCAUUUCAGGAUAUUGGAGCUCACUGUGCAGCAUCAGCUUUUUUGUGCCUUGCCACAAUUCUGCCUCUGAGCUCUUCAGGCAGUUCCUUUGACCUCAUGAUUCUCAUUUGCGCUGACAUGCACUGUGACCUGUAAGGUCUUAUGUAGACAGGGGUGUGGCUUUCGUAAUCACGUCCAAUCAGUAUCAUCGAACGCAGCUGGACUCCAAUGAAGGUGGAGAACCAUCUCAAGGAUGAUGAGAAGAAAUGGACAGCACCCGAGUUCAAUAUGUGAGUGUCACAGCAAAGGGUCGGAAUACUUCUGGCGGUGUGAUAUUUCACUUUUUCUUUUUUAAUAAAUGUGACAAAAAUGCAACAAUUCUGUUUUGUUCUGUCAAUAUGGGGUACUUACUGUGUGUACAUUAAUGAGGGCAAAAAGUACUUCAAUGAUUUUAGCAAAUGGCUGCAAUAUAAUGAGUGAAACAUUUAAGGGGGUCUGAAUACUUUCCGUAGCCACUGUAUUUUAUAUGUGCAAACAUUUCAACAAUAUUUUUUUUUGUUACAUAUAUAAACAAUAUACCAACAAAAAUAUUGUUGAAAUCUUGGCAGAUUUAUGAAAAACGCAAAUAAGUCUUCAGACCCUUUCCGUGUUGCAUUCUUCAUUUGAAAUGCUUUUCCAGGCCUCUCCUCUCUGUUCUUGUUAGUUUCCCGCAGUAGAUGCACGGGAUGUGAGCGAGCUGGGAAAUUGCUUUGUAACGUUUUUGGACAGAUUAUAAAACAAUGCAAGACUCGGUAAAAGUUCAAAGUCACCAUUAGAUUUGUGGUAUUAUUUCAGUCCGUUUUUUUUAAUACAGUACACAAACAGGAACUAUGUUAAUAGCCCACCAAAAAGAAAAAAUAUGUACAUAUUUAUAAGUAGUAUGGAUGUUACGGUGCAUGCAAACUAACCCUAUGCACACACACAAAAAAGUCACUGUGUUGUGUUGUGUGUUGUGUCUGCCAAGCCCACCAUUUUCAACUGACAAAGAAAUGACAGAUUAUUAGUGUUGGAUUUCUCUUACCCAACAUUAUAAAAAAUAGACACAAAAGGAAUGAAGACGCUGGUUUCUUUUUCUCAUGAGGAGGGCGUAUGGGAGAUUGUUCAGAUCACAGCCUCUCAACACGCUCUCAACAAUCCCCCCCCCACUCGCUCCUGCUUUUAUUUGAAAUAGGAGGGAUUUACAAAUCAGAAUGUUCUAAGCAAUAAGACACAACACAAAAUAUUUGAUAAUAAGAGGUUUUUUUUCCCAGACAUUAGUAUUCUAAGUAAUAAGACACAACACAUAAUAUUGAACCAACACCUGUCACGACCCGACCACAUCCGAUCACGUCCUUGGUCCAGGCGGCCUUCCGUCGGAUGAUGCCGAGUCUUCUUUUUGAAGGCGAGACAUCUAAAAUUGUCCAUUAUACUAAUGCAAGCUAAGCAAAUAAAUGCUAACUUCUACAAUGUAUCUAACAAUUAGGAAUUAUUAUUAUGUGUUGCCGUUGGGGGGGGUUGUGAGAGGAAGAAGUGUUCUGUUGAGCUUAGCACUGUUAAGUCCGAGAGGCUUUGAAUGCAUCGCUCUGUAAAUUGAGGGCGAAACUCAAGAGAAAGCUUCGAGUGACAUUUUUCGGGGCCAGGAGCAGGGAAACCUCCUCUUGAUUCAGUGCGAGCACUUCGAAGUCCUAACUGCAGACUGCCACUGCACCCGCAGUUGUAACACUUGACGCCAUUGCGUUUCAGCAUGGACGUGUUCAGGAAGGAAAAAGCGCCGCCGCCGCCCGGCGAGCAGGGAAGCAACCACGAAGCCGCAAGUCUCCCGAAGUCAAAGAGGACUCGGGUGAUGGGCGUGAUGCAGAAAGUCAACCCCUUCAAGGCUUCAUCACAGACUGCUGACUCGUCAGAACUGAGAAAAGACUCCUCGCAGAACCCCGGAAUGAUUUCCAGCGUCAUCCAGAAGGUCAACCCGUUCAAAUCCUGGCACUCAAAGGACGCGCAGCCUCCCCAGGUCGACGCUUCCUCUGGCCGAGAGAGCCGGACGGACUCAGACGACCUGUCCGACGAGCCGCCGACGAGCUCUCCUCGGUCUGUUCGGUACGUAGACGACGUCGGCAGCGCGGAGCCGAAAAGCCCAGCAAACGAGCGGCCGAAGACGAGAAAGAAGGUUCGUUUGGCGUCACCGCUGCACUGCUUUGCGUUGAAAGAUUCUUUGUUUGUUUUUCUUUCUUCCUCGCAGACCUUCACAAUCCAAAGAAUUCUUCCCACUGCACUUUUGAGCUCUGGAUCAAAGGUACGAGCGGAGCGGAGCGCAUCGCUCGCUCUUCUUAGUCGGGAGGCGGAGGUCCGAACGCCGGAGAUGGUCGACACGGCUGAGCUCCACGACGCCGGCGGCGUCUCGGACCCUCUGGAGGAUGAAGACGGACUCCUGGCGUGGUGGAGAACGGUUGACGGCUGGACCGAGUGGAACGAGACCGCCCGCGACCACCAGCCUGAAGAGGCGGCGGAAGAAGCGGCGGACCGCGUGUUCAUGGCGGCGCGCCUGUUCGUCGACCUGUUGGACCGGCGCGGCGCCUCGCUCCAGCGGCGCGUCCUGUCGCUCCUGACCCUGGCCGACGGCGCCGACGACUUCCACAAGAAGACGGUGUCGGCCAGCGUGGGCGGCGGUGUGGCCGGCGUGGCCGGCUCCGUCACCACCAUCACCGGACUCGUGCUGGCGCCGUUCACGGCCGGAACGUCGCUCAUCGUCACGGCCGUGGGCAUCGGCGUGGCCACGGCCGGCGGCGUGACCUCGGCCUCGGCCAACAUCACGGACACGGUGCGCUCCAAGACGGACCGCAAGAAAGUGGAGAAAAUGAUCCAGGACUACCAGGAGGAGAUGAACGACAUCAAGGACUGUCUGGAGUUCUUACAGGAAGGGAUGGAGACUCUGGAGGAGUGGAACUUUGAGCAGUACGCCCGGAGCAUCUCCCAGAAGCAUCUGAACCAGAACGUCAAACACGUCAUGAAAGAGGGCGGCCGGGCCGGCAAGGCUUUGGUCAUCAACACGGAGAGCCUGAUCAGCACCGUCCAGGUUCUCAGCGUGGCGGGCGGUGCCGCCAAAGCCGCCCAGGUCAUGAGCAUCACCACCGGCGUCAUGUCCGGACUCUUCCUGGCGCUCGACAUCUUCUUCUUGGCUAAGGACUCGUCGGAGCUGCGGAAGGGCGCCAAAACGGAGUUCGCCGCCAAGAUCCGAGACGUUUGCAAGGACCUGCAGGACGGGCUCCUGGAGCUCCACCGCAUCAAGGAAGAGCUGCAGAAGACCAUGGACGGCAUCCAGGUGGAGGAAGAGGAUGAUAAUGACCGGGACGAUGACCGGAUCCUCGAGUCGGAGCUGGAGAAACUUGAGCUGGAAGAGUGAAGCCUGCCAAGUCCAUUUGCAAGCUUUCUUUUCAAUCAAAUCAUGUAUUCUUAAUUUCUUUCAAUAAAACUUGCUGACUUCUGA